CUGUGACUGAAACUAAUGCCCUGUCCAGGAGGUACUUUUCCUAAGAAAUACAACCAUUUAGGAAGGUGCCAGCUGAAAAAUAUCACAGGAGAUCAGGCUUCUCAGAGGUCCCCACCCAAUACAUCUCCAGUCAUGAAGUGGAUCACCCUCAUUUGUCUGUUAAUUAGCUCCACUUUAAUAGAAUCAAGAAUAAUUUUCAAAAGAGAUACAGAUGUAGACCAUCACAAGCAUAUUGCUGACAUGUACAAUUUAUUGACUGAGCGGACCUUCAAAGGACUUACAUUGGCUAUUGUCUCACAGAAUCUCCAGAAAUGUUCAUUGGAGGAGCUGUCUAAACUGGUGAAUGAAAUUAAUGACUUUGCCAAAUCCUGUACAGGAAACGACAAAACUCCUGAGUGUGAAAAACCCAUAGGCACCCUGUUUUAUGACAAACUCUGCGCAGAUCCAAAAGUGGGUGUUAAUUAUGAGUGGAGCAAAGAGUGCUGUUCUAAGCAAGAUCCAGAGAGAGCACAGUGCUUCAGGGCACAUAGAGUUUUUGAACAUAAUCCAGUAAGGCCUAAACCUGAGGAAACUUGUGCAUUAUUCAAAGAACACCCUGAUGAUCUUCUCUCAGCAUUCAUACAUGAAGAGGCGAGAAACCAUCCAGACCUUUAUCCCCCAGCAGUACUAUUAUUAACACAGCAAUAUGGCAAACUUGUUGAACAUUGUUGUGAAGAAGAAGACAAGGAUAAAUGCUUUGCAGAAAAGAUGAAGGAACUGAUGAAACACAGUCAUUCUAUUGAAGAUAAGCAAAAACAUUUCUGCUGGAUUGUAAAUAAUUAUCCUGAAAGAGUUAUUAAAGCACUAAAUUUGGCCAGAGUGAGCCACAGAUAUCCUAAGCCUGAUUUCAAGCUUGCCCAUAAAUUUACCGAGGAGAUUACACACUUCAUUAAGGAUUGUUGUCAUGGGGACAUGUUUGAAUGCAUGACAGAGAGGCUGGAGCUUUCUGAGCAUACCUGUCAACAUAAAGAUGAGUUAUCAACAAAACUUGAAAAAUGCUGUAACUUACCUUUGCUUGAGCGUACAUACUGCAUUGUCACCUUGGAAAAUGAUGACGUUCCUGCUGAAUUAUCUAAGCCAAUUACAGAAUUUACAGAGGACCCUAAUGUUUGUGAGAAGUAUGCUGAGAAUAAAGAAGUUUUCUUAGGAAGAUACCUCCAUGCUGUGUCAAGAAAACACCAGGAAUUGUCUCUUCAAUUUCUUUUGCAAUCUGCAAAAGAAUAUGAAUCUUUGCUUAACAAGUGCUGCAAAACAGACAAUCCCCCUGAAUGCUACAAGGAUGGACCUGAGAAUUUCAUGAACGAAGCCAAGAAGAGAUUUGCAUAUUUGAAACAAAACUGUGAUGCUCUGCAUGAACAUGGUGAAUACCUCUUUGAAAAUGAAUUGCUCAUAAGAUACACCAAGAAAAUGCCCCAAGUGUCAGAUGAAACUUUGAUUGGAAUGACACACAAAAUGGCAGAUAUUGGUGAGCACUGCUGUGCCGUACCUGAAACUCAAAGGAUGCCAUGUGUAGAAGGAGACCUCACCAUACUCAUUGCAGAGAUGUGUGAUAGGCAAAAGAAGACAUUUAUAAAUGACCAAGUUGCUCACUGCUGCAGUGACUCAUAUUCUGGGAUGCGUUCAUGCUUUACUGCACUUGGUCCAGAUGAGCACUAUGUACCACCCCCAGUUACUGAUGACACAUUUCACUUUGAUGACAAGAUAUGCACUGCCAAUGAUAAAGAACAACAGAAUAUCAAGCAGAAAUUCCUUGUGAAACUUAUUAAAGUUAGUCCUAAAAUGGAAAAAAAUCACAUUGAUGAAUGUUCUGCUGAAUUCAUUAAGAUGGUACAGAAAUGCUGUACUGCAGAAGAACACCAGACAUGCUUUGAUACAGAGAAACCAGUACUGAUUGAACACUGUCAAAAACUCCAUCCAUAAGAGUCCAUAAGAGCAAAGACCAGCCUUCAAACUCACUGAGGAACACCUUCCAUCUCUCAAACACAAGAAAAAAAAGUUCCUUCAGCUGAAAAGAGCAUUUGCUCAGACCAUUCAACUGUGUGUUGCAAUAAAUAAAGCAUUUAAAAAAAUA